CUAUGUUAUAUGUUUAUGUUUUUAAUAUGUCUGAUUGAUUUGCUGGCUAAACUUGCAGUAGUUCCUCAGCCACAAGUCACGGCAAAAGCUCCCUGGUACAAAUCAAAAUCUAUUAUCAAGCCACAAGUAAAUGUGGUGACAAUUGUCGAUGGCUUGAAAAGAUUGUACACUGAAAAGCUGAAGCCUUUGGAAGUCACAUAUCGUUUCAAUGAUUUUGCAUCCCCUGUACUGACUAAUAGCGAUUUUGAUGCCAAACCAAUGGUAAUGCUUUUGGGUCAAUAUUCCACCGGAAAAACAACAUUUAUUAAACACUUGCUCGGAUGUGACUACCCCGGAGCUCACAUUGGUCCAGAGCCAACAACAGAUCGGUUUGUGGUUGCAAUGAGUGGACCAGAUGAACGAACCAUACCUGGAAAUACCAUGGCUGUUCAAGCUGACAUGCCAUUUAACGGGCUAACAAGUUUUGGAGGUGCUUUCCUCUCAAAGUUUGAGUGUUCACAAAUGCCGCAUCCCGUCUUGGACCAAAUUACUCUUGUAGACACUCCUGGAGUUCUUUCUGGAGAGAAACAAAGGAUGCAAAGGAGCUAUGACUUCACUGGUGUGAUCUCAUGGUUUGCAUCUAAAUGUGAUAUGAUUCUCCUUCUCUUUGAUCCCCAUAAGCUUGACAUCAGUGAUGAAUUCAAACGGGUGAUAACAUCUCUGCGUGGUAACGAAGACAAGAUCCGUGUUGUUUUAAACAAAGCUGACCAAGUUGAUACUCAACAACUAAUGAGAGUGUAUGGAGCAUUGAUGUGGUCGCUUGGUAAAGUCUUGAAUACACCAGAGGUCGUACGUGUCUAUAUUGGGUCCUUCAAUGACAAACCCAUAAACGAAGCUGCAGUUGGACCGAUUGGAAAAGAACUCUUUGAGAAAGAGCAAAAUGAUCUUCUAGCAGACUUAAUGGACAUACCUAAGAAAGCAUGUGACAGAAAGAUUAACGAGUUUGUGAAGCGAGCUCGAGCUGCGAAGAUCAAUGCAUACAUUAUGAGCCAUCUUAGGAAGGAAAUGCCAGCAAUGAUGGGCAAAUCCAAAGCUCAGCAACGUCUUAUGGACAAUCUCCAAGAAGAAUUUGGAAAGGUACAGAGGGAGUUUCAUCUUCCGGCUGGAGAUUUCCCAAGUGUGGAGCAUUUUAGAGAAGUAUUGGGAGGCUAUAACAUUGACAAAUUCGAGAAGUUGAAGCCUAAGAUGAUUCAAGCAGUGGAUGAUAUGCUGGGAUACGAUAUUCCAGAUCUAUUGAAGAAAUUCAGAAAUCCUUAUGAUUAAAACAAUAAUGCUUGUACUUAGAAGAAAAAAAAAACUUUUUAUGAUCAAGCUUCAGAGUUUAUCACAAUCAGUAGAACAAGUUAAAUAUUUGGAGA